CGAGCCCGUAUGGCCCCGGCCCCGCUGCGGCUCCUCCUAGGCCUGGGCCUGGGCCUGGGCCUGGGCCUGGUGCCGGUGCCGGUGGCGGCCCGGGCCCGCGCCCGGGACGGCCCCCCCCCGCCCGGCCCCCCGAACUUGGUGCUGAUCUUGGCGGACGACCUGGGCUACGGGGACCUGGGCAGCUCCGGCCACCCGCGCUCGGCCACGCCCCACCUGGACCGGAUGGCGGCGGCGGGGCUCCGCUUCACCGACUUCUACGCCACCUGCCCGCUCUGCAGCCCCUCCAGGGCGUCCCUGCUGACCGGCCGCUACCAGACGCGCUCCGGCCUGUUCCCGGGGGUCCUCUACCCGGGCUCGCGUGGGGGCCUGCCGCUGGCUGAGGUCACGGUGGCCGAGGUCCUGGCCGCCCGCGGCUACCUCACCGGCAUGGCGGGCAAGUGGCACCUGGGCGUGGGCGCCAACGGCUCCUUCCUGCCGCCCCAUCAGGGCUUCCAGCGCUUCCUGGGGGUCCCCUACUCCCACGACCAGGGCCCCUGCCAGAACCUGACCUGCUUCCCGCCGGCCGAGCGCUGCUGGGGCACCUGCGACCAGGGCGUCGUGCCCGUCCCGCUGCUGGACAACCUGACGGUGCUGCAGCAGCCCCUGGACCUGCCCGGCCUCGAGCGCCGCUACGUCCGCUUCGCCCAGCAGCUCAUGGCCGACGCCGCCCGCCUGCACCGCCCCUUCUUCCUCUACUACUCUUCCCACCACACCCACUACCCGCAGUUUGGAGGCGCGGAGUUUGUGGGCCGGUCGGGCCGGGGCCCGUUCGGGGACGCGCUGCUGGAACUGGACGCGGCCGUGGGCGCCAUCCUGGGUACGCUGGAGGAGCUGGGGCUGCAGAAGGACACGCUGGUCUUCUUCACCGCUGACAACGGGCCGGAGACGAUGCGGAUGUGGCGCGGCGGCAGCGCCGGGUUGCUCAAGUGCGGGAAGGGCACCACCUACGAAGGCGGAGUGCGGGAGCCGGCGCUGGCCUACUGGCCCGGCCACAUCCAGCCCGGGGUGACCCGUGAGCUGGCCAGCACCCUGGACCUGCUGCCCACGCUGGCUGCCCUGGCCGGAGCACAGCUGCCCAACGUCACGCUGGAUGGGUUUGACCUCAGCCCCCUGCUGCUGGGGACCGGCAAGAGCCCCCGGCAGAGCCUCUUCUACUAUCCGCCGGCGCCGGACGAGGUCCUUGGGGUGUUCGCUGUGCGAUACGGGAGAUACAAGGCCCAUUUCUUCACUCAGGGCGCCUUCCACAGCGAUACGACCCCGGACCAGGACUGCCACGGCCUCACCCCACUGACCGCCCACGACCCGCCGCUGCUCUUCGACCUGGACACGGACCCGGGGGAGAAUUACGAGCUGCUGCGCGGAGGCCGGCGCGGGGAGCCGGGGGUCCUGCAGGCGCUCAAGGACACGCGCCUGCUCAAGGCCACCUUCGAUGCCCUCAUGGUGUUCGGCCCCAGCCAGGUGGGCCGCGGCCUGGACCCUGCCCUGCAGCUCUGCUGCAGCCCGGGCUGCAGGCCCUGGCCCUCCUGCUGCCGCUGCCAGUGACCCUCCGGCUGCAUGCCCUGGCCCGCCUGCUGCUCGCCCGCCACCGCAGUCCGUGACGCUCCAGCUGCACGCUCUGGCCCGGCUGCCGCCGCGGCCUGGCCACGGGAGGUCGGAGCGGCGACCCUCCGGUUACACUUGGCCCUCAGCCUGGAUAAUAAUAAUAAUAAUAAUGAUGGCAUUUGUUAAGCGCUUACUAAGUGCAAAGCACUGUUCUAAGCGCU